GUUGAACCCUUUCCUGUUGCCAUGGUGAAAUGUGUCCGACAGAGAAAUGUCCCCAUCAAAUCGGAAGUUAGUUGAAGUUUUGCUGCUCGUUAACUCUUAAACUUUGUAUGUAGCGUUAUAUAAAUAAUGUUAAAUGAAUAGUAGCUCAAACUAGCCCGUCAACAUGAGCGUUAACGUAGUUUUGGUGUUUUUACUGGCUGCUGCGGCAGCAGAUGAGCUGCUGAGUAUACCAGGAGGAAAGAUGUUAAUGGGAACCAGUGCAGCUGAUGGGAGAGAUGGAGAAGCUCCCACUAAGGAGGUUGAACUGCAGCCCUUUGAAAUAGACACAUACCCUGUCACUAAUGCUGACUUCAGAGACUUUGUGAGAGCUGAGAAGUACAAAACUGAAGCGGAGACGUUUGGUUGGAGUUUUGUGUUUCAAGACUUUGUGUCGGAAGAGCUGAAGAGCAAAGUCACACAGAGGAUUGAGUCGGCUCCUUGGUGGUUGCCUAUAGAGCGGGCGUUUUGGAGACAGCCUGCAGGACCUGGUUCAGGCAUUCGGGAGCGUCUGAGCUUCCCGGUGGUUCAGGUGAGCUGGAAUGACGCUCGGGCCUUCUGCCAGUGGAAGGACAAGAGACUGCCCACUGAGGAGGAGUGGGAGUGGGCUGCACGUGGAGGGCUGCAAGGUCGGACUUAUCCGUGGGGAAACAAGUUCCAGGCCAACAGAACCAACCUGUGGCAGGGAUCGUUUCCAGAUGGAGACACUGCGGAGGAUGGAUACCAUGGCGUCUCUCCUGUCACAGCAUUUCCUCCUCAGAACAGUUAUGGACUGUACGACAUGAUGGGAAACACAUGGGAAUGGACAUCCACACCCUUCCCAGCAGCACAACCCACGAAAGUGCUGCGUGGCGGCUCCUGGAUCGACACUGCGGACGGUUCAGCCAAUCAUAAGGCACGAAUCACGACCAGGAUGGGCAACACUCCUGACUCUGCCUCCGAUAACCUGGGAUUCAGGUGUGCUGUCAGCGACGGACAGAAACAAGGGAAGAAAAAGGGCAAAACUGAACUGUAGCAAACAAACAGGAAGUCAAAAAGUGAAAGACUAGAAUGUUCUUAGAAACAAGAACAAGAACAAGACAAAAAGCAAGGGACUAAGUAAGUACCGGUGGCUAACAAUGAAUAUUAAGAAAUGAUGGUGACAGGAAGAAACUCUAUUUCUCCCGUGGAGAACUUAGAAUUUUUUUUAAAUUAAUUUGAAGAAUAAACACAAACAUUCCAUAAAUAAA